UGCACCAAUUAAGAUCGAGGGCUGAGUCCUGUGGCGCCAAUGGCGAAAGUCUCAGGGGCGGUGGAGACGGACUUUACGAGGAAACAAGAAGACAAGCUCAAGAUGGAGGCGACGGCGACCGUUGCCGCCUGACAGGAGCCCCAUGGCACCUGCCCAGCCCCACUUCAGCCUGUCUUGACAAAGUACUAGGCCCAUGGAGCCACCACGGGGCCCCCCUGCCAACGGGGCUGAGCCAUCCCGGGGAGUGGGCACUGUUAAAGUAUACCUACCCAACAAGCAACGCACAGUGGUGACUGUCCGGGAUGGCAUGAGCGUCUAUGACUCUCUAGACAAGGCUCUCAAAGUUCGGGGUCUCAAUCAGGAUUGCUGCGUGGUCUACCGGCUCAUCAAGGGGCGAAAGACAGUCACUGCCUGGGACACAGCCAUUGCCCCCCUGGAUGGCGAGGAGCUCAUUGUGGAGGUCCUCGAAGAUGUCCCACUGACCAUGCACAAUUUUCAGGUACGGAAGACGUUCUUCAGCUUGGUGUUCUGUGACUUCUGCCUUAAGUUUCUGUUCCAUGGCUUUCGCUGCCAAACCUGUGGCUACAAGUUCCACCAGCAUUGUUCCUCUAAGGUCCCCACAGUCUGUGUUGACAUGAGUACCAACUGCCGACAGUUCUACCACAGUGUCCAGGAUUUGUCCGGAGGCUCCAGACAGCAUGAGGCUCCCUCAAACCGCCCUCCAAAUGAGCCGCUAACCCCUCAAGGUUCCAGCCUUUCCCCUGGCAGCUCCUGCACUCAGCACCGAGACCCUGAGCGCUUCCCCUUUCCUGCCCCGACCAAUGCCCCCCUCCAGCGCAUUCGCUCUACGUCUACCCCCAACGUCCAUAUGGUCAGCACCACAACCCCCAUGGACUCCAGCCUCAUUCAGCUCACUGCCCAGAGUUUCAGCACUGAUGCUGCUGGUAGUAGAGGUGGUGGUGAUGGAGCUCCCCGGGGGAGCCCCAGCCCAGCCAGUGUGUCCUCAGGGAGAAAGUCCCCACAUUCCAAGUCCCCAUCAGAACAGCGGGAGAGGAAGUCGUUGGCUGAUGACAAGAAGAAAGUGAAGAAUCUGGGGUACCGGGACUCAGGCUAUUACUGGGAGGUGCCACCCAGUGAGGUGCAGCUGCUGAAGAGGAUCGGGACGGGCUCGUUUGGCACCGUGUUUCGCGGGCGGUGGCAUGGCGAUGUGGCUGUGAAGGUGCUCAAGGUGGCCCAACCCACAGCUGAGCAGGCCCAGGCCUUCAAGAACGAGAUGCAGGUGCUCAGGAAGACACGUCAUGUCAACAUCUUGCUGUUCAUGGGCUUCAUGACCCGUCCAGGGUUCGCCAUCAUCACACAGUGGUGCGAGGGCUCCAGCCUCUACCACCAUCUGCAUGUGGCUGAAACACGCUUUGACAUGGUCCAGCUCAUUGAUGUGGCCCGGCAGACUGCCCAGGGCAUGGACUACCUCCAUGCCAAGAACAUCAUCCACCGAGAUCUCAAAUCUAACAACAUCUUCCUACACGAGGGACUCACAGUGAAGAUCGGUGACUUUGGCCUGGCCACAGUGAAGACACGGUGGAGCGGGGCUCAGCCCUUAGAGCAACCCUCAGGCUCUGUGCUGUGGAUGGCUGCUGAGGUGAUCCGUAUGCAGGACCCGAACCCCUACAGCUUCCAGUCAGAUGUCUACGCCUAUGGGGUUGUGCUAUACGAGCUCAUGACCGGCUCCUUGCCUUAUAGCCACAUUGGCAGUCGUGACCAGAUUAUCUUUAUGGUGGGCCGUGGCUAUCUGUCUCCAGACCUCAGCAAAAUCUCCAGCAACUGCCCCAAGGCCAUGCGGCGCCUGCUGUCCGACUGUCUCAAGUUCCAGCGGGAGGAGCGGCCCCUCUUCCCCCAGAUCCUGGCCACGAUUGAGCUGCUGCAGCGGUCACUCCCCAAGAUUGAGCGGAGUGCCUCUGAACCCUCCUUGCACCGCACCCAGGCUGAUGAGUUACCUGCCUGUCUACUCAGCGCAGCCCGCCUUGUGCCUUAGGCCCCACCCCCAGCCACCAGGGAGCCAAUCUCAGCCUUCCACACCAAGGAGCCCGCCCACCAACCAAUCGAUGUACCAUCUCUGCCCUGAUACAGCCCCUGGGAGGUGAGGGUGUCCCCUUGUGCUUUUCCAGUUUCUCUGGAAUUGGGGGGCCCUCAAAGACAGAUCAUGGCCUCCAUAGUUUGGUUUCUGCUUGCCUUUGGAGAUACUUCUAAGUUUGUGAGCUCUUCCAUCUCCAAUGGCUGGGAUUUAUAGCAGGGAUUCCACUCAGAACCUCUCUGAAAUUUGUGCCUGACGUGCCUUCCACUGGAUUUUGGGGUCCCCAGCACCCCAUAUGGAUUUGGGGGUCCCUUCUCAUCUCCCCCUGCCAUUCAAGGACUCCCCUCUUUCUUCACCAAGAAGCACAGAAUUA